GGACUGGGGCCCGGCGCCCAGGACGGGCUGGGGGGCCCGCCGAAGGAGCCGCCGCCGCCGGCCGCAGGAGCGCCGCCGCAGCCGCAGGAGGAGCCCGGGACCCCGUCCUCCUCCCCGGAGGACAAGCUGCUGGCCAGCCCGCGGGCCAUCAACAACCUGGUGCUGCAGGGCUGCUCGUCCAUCGGGCUGCGGCUGGUGCUGGAGUACCUGUACACGGCCAACGUGACCCUCUCGCUGGACACGGUGGAGGAGGUGCUGUCGGUCAGCAAGAUCCUGCACAUCCCGCAGGUCACCAAGCUGUGCGUGCAGUUCCUCAACGACCAGAUCUCGGUGCAGAACUACAAGCAGGUGUGCAAGAUCGCCGCCCUGCACGGCCUGGAGGAGACCAAGAAGCUGGCCAACAAGUACCUGGUGGAGGACGUGCUGCUGCUCAACUUCGAGGAGAUGCGCGCCCUGCUCGACUCGCUGCCCCCCCCCGUCGAGUCGGAGCUGGCGCUCUUCCAGAUGUCCGUGCUCUGGCUGGAGCACGACCGGGAGACCCGCAUGCAGUACGCCCCAGACCUGAUGAAGCGCCUCCGCUUCGCCCUCAUCCCGGCGCCGGAGCUGGUGGAGCGGGUCCAGUCGGUGGAUUUCAUGCGCACCGACCCCGUCUGCCAGAAGCUGCUGCUGGGCGCCCUGAACUACAGACAUGAGAAGAUAGGCUGGGUGGGAAGAGGCAGUUACAGCCUGGGAGUUGUUUGUCGGCUGCAGGACGCAUGCAGCUCCUCUCGACAUCAGUGGUUUGGGCCGGUCAGCUCCUCCCAGGAUUUGCCGGCAGAGCAGCAGUUAGACGCCUGUACAGCUGCAUCAGCUGUAGAUGAAGAAGGAGUGCCAAGUACCAUGUGCGGGUACUCCCGUUCCACCGCCAGCCAGUGUCCUGGUCAGAGAAUUCGUUCCAAUAAGAAAAUGCUGUUAUUGGUUGGAGGAUUGCCUCCCGGACCUGACCGGCUACCCAGCAAUUUGGUUCAGUAUUAUGAUGAUGAAAAGAAGACGUGGAAAAUACUGACAAUUAUGCCAUAUAACAGUGCCCAUCAUUGUGUUGUGGAAGUGGAAAACUUCUUGUUUGUGCUGGGAGGAGAAGACCAAUGGAACCCUAAUGGGAAACACAGUACAAACUUUGUUAGCCGAUACGAUCCCAGGUUUAACAGCUGGAUACAACUUCCACCCAUGCAAGAGAGGAGAGCCAGUUUCUACGCCUGUCGCCUUGACAAGAACUUGUAUGUAAUUGGUGGAAGAAACGAAACUGGUUACUUGUCCAGCGUGGAGUGCUACAACCUGGAGACAAACGAGUGGCGUUACGUGUCUUCGUUACCACAACCUUUGGCAGCCCAUGCAGGAGCCGUUCACAAUGGCAAGAUAUAUAUUUCAGGAGGUGUUCACAAUGGAGAAUAUGUCCCCUGGCUGUACUGCUAUGACCCUGUGAUGGAUGUCUGGGCCCGAAAACAGGACAUGAACACAAAGCGAGCAAUCCACACUUUGGCUGUAAUGAAUGAUCGACUGUAUGCAAUUGGAGGAAACCAUUUGAAAGGUUUCUCCCAUCUCGAUGUAAUGCUUGUGGAAUGCUACGAUCCAAAAGGCGACCAGUGGAAUAUCCUCCAGACUCCUAUUCUGGAGGGUCGCAGUGGCCCUGGCUGCGCAGUCCUUGACGACAGUAUUUACCUUGUAGGAGGCUACAGCUGGAGUAUGGGAGCCUACAAAUCUUCUACGAUUUGCUAUAGUCCUGAGAAAGGGACUUGGACAGAACUAGAAGGAGAUGUUGCUGAGCCACUUGCAGGACCUGCUUGUUCAACUGUCAUAUUGCCAGCCUGUGUACCGUACAACAAAUGA